UUUGGAGCUGUGUUUCAGAGUGGUCCACAUCGGCUGAAGAACCCUCUCCAAGCAUUCUAGAUGCUUGAUAGAUGCUGUACUUCUUGUAAUAAACCUUUUCUUUAAGCAAGCAAGACGGUGUCAUCUGGAGUCUUCUUCAUCACCUUCACAUCAUCGCUAGUUAAUAAACAACAUCUUGAAUCGCAGAGAAGUCACAGGAGCACACUCAGCAGAAACAUGUAGGAGCUGAUUACGUCCACUAGAUGGCAGUAAUGCAGUGAAGACAGCAGCUGCAGUUAAACACCAUAGAAGAAGAGGAAACGGUCCAAAUGGUUUUCCGGGUUGAUGGAUGUGUUGGUUUCUGACUAUUGAACUGUAGUUAUCCAGGACUGUGCUGGUUGUUCUUCAGGAUGCUGCUGGUUUUGUCCGAGGACCAUAAAGAGCAUCUCUCCUUCCUGCCGAAGGUUGAUACCGCAGUGGUUGGAGAGUUUGGUCGGAUAGCGUUGGAGUUCUUAAGGAGAGGAACCAGUCCCAAGAUCUAUGAGGGAGCAGCAAGAAAACUAUCUGUUCCUGUGGAAAUGGUGCAGCAUGGAGUGGAAGGCCUGAUGUUCCUGAUGACAGAGAGCUCCAAACACAUGAUCUCUGAAGUGGACUUUCUGGACUCAGUGUUGGUUUUGGGGUUUGGUGAAGAGCUUAACCAGAUCCUCUUACAGCUCUAUCUGCAACACCACAAACAGAUCCGCAGCAUCCUGAGUCAGCUGCCCUCCAACCUGCCCGCCUACCAAAACCUGGAAUGGAGACUGGAUGUACAGUUGGCAAGUCGUUCACUCCGUCAGCAGGUCAUUCCCAUGCUGACGAUACGUCUGCUCCUGACGGGAGGUUGUGACAGCCGUGAUGACCACAGCAGAAUGGUUCUCCAGACAGACCCCAGCACCCUCCUGCACCUCAUCUCCACACUGGAGGCCGCUCUGGCUGCCAUGAAAACCAGUCAUGCUCGCCGCAUAUGUCGCAACAUCAAAUAACCCCCCCAGGUCACUUUCUGUGUAACGUGUGCCUCCUGCCACCUGUGGAACAUCACAUCACUGCCUCCAUACCUGGAUACAAUAAGCAGUGUCUCUCUGCUCUGCAGUGCAGUGUUGAUCUGGUCCUGGAUCAAAAACUAGGUUUUUGCCCAUCUGACUGGCAAAUGGUCAUCACUUUUUUACCCUUGAGUCACGAUACGUGCCGGAUGGUAUUGACUAUAUUGUAUAUAAUGUUUCUACAGUACUGCUGAUAUUGUAUUAAAGUGUAAAAUGGAGAUGAAA